CAUACACCUGCUGAGUCGUUGUGCCGCCACGACCGACCAAAUACUGCGGUGCUUGUAUACCGUGUACACCUCCUCUCGAUGCUCAGUCAUUGCGCGCGGUGCACUUGAAGAAUAAAAAAAACAUUUCCAUUAUUCAACACAAUAAUAAUACUAUAAUAUUUCGUACACAUUACACACGCGUUCGAUACAAUUGUGCGGUUUUUUUUUCUUGUCAUUAUUGUUGCUGCUGUUGUUGUUUGGUCUCUGUCUCUGUCUCACUCGAUACGAUGAUGGUGAUGCGCCGGUCCAAAACAAUAUUAUGAUUUCGAUAAUAUAAUGAAGAAGCCCUCAUCACGAGAAGAAAAUGCGAAGGUACAGUUUUGUCGGUUUGCAUUUUUUAUUGCUGUCGGGGUAUGCGGUCGCCCAGGCCGACGACCAAACGAGGAGCUGCAGCGGUGGUGACGACGGCACGGCGGUCACGUGGAUUUGCAUAGCGGCCGUCGCCGUGGUGCUGUCGGUCGCCGUCGGUAUCAUAGCGUGGAGACGGCAAUGCCCGAACGCCUGCUUCAACUUACCGUGUUGCUGGCGAUCCGGCAAAGACCUUGUGUUGGAAACCGCGGCCGAUAACCAGCCGUAUCCAGUAAAAGAUAACGGCGCAACGAUCCAGUCAACAGACAAUGGAAAUAUUGGUGAAAUUACACCAGUUAAUGCACAAGUGUUGGUCAAAUUUGGAGCACCGAUAAACGGGAAAACUGCAUCGGAGCACCAAUUUUUGGACGAGUUACAAACGUUGUCGGAUCGUUAUCCUGGCAUUAUCAUUGAUGUAGAACGGGAAAAGACAAUUGAAACCAGUGCCAAUAACAACUCUGUCAAAGAAGGUAUAUCAAAGUACUAUCGCAACGCGAUAUCGGCAAUACGGCAAGCUACAACGCGUUCGAGAAAUAACUCUGGACCAGAACAAACCACGUGCUCUGACAAUAUUGCCGUGCAAACACUCGAUGAACCCAAACAAAGCAAGUGUGAUUCGGUAGUGGUACAAAUAGAUGAUGAAAUAAACGUCCAACAACACAGUGGUACGUCUCCUGAGUACCACAGCCUAGACUAUACAGCAGCGGAGACACAGAAAGAAGAGACGCCGCAAGAAGAAGAGACUUUGAGAAUCGAAAAAGUGGUACAGAAUGAAAGCGUUUUGGAAAAUCAAGAAAAACGUCAACUCGAGGAGUUUUUAAACGUCGAAGAACGGGUACGGAACGAAAUUGUUUUGGAAAAUCCAGAAAAACGACCUCUCGAGGAGGUUUUAAUCGGUGACUUGAAAAAACAUCACGGAGAAGACUCAAACGACAAGGAGAGAGGACCGCCACCUCCACCGCCUCCAAGAAAACAUAGCAUUGUGACAGACUCCUCAGCCAAAAUCGUUGUAUUUAGCAAAUUUGAAGAAGCAGAGGAUCCACGGCCAAAGGCGAGUGAACCCAAUGUCGAUGCUGUCGAGGUAAUACACAAGAAAGAUGUUGCUGAGUCAACACACCAGAAUGAGGUUGCUGAGCCAUUACACCAGAAUGAAGUGACCAAGUCAAUAUACCAGAGAGAACCACUUGAGAUGUCCACUUUCCGAAACUACAACGCCAAAAUUAAUUAUGAAAACCAUUUGUCCAAGGCUUUGAACCAUAACAGUAUUAUCAUUGAACCAACAUAUCAAAAGAAUGCCUCCGAGAUUAUACAUCAAAAAGACGCUGUUAAACCGGUGAAGGAAAUCGAUGAAGUCGAGUCAACGCACAAAAUUAAUGUUGCCGAAUCGGUGCUCGAAAACGAUGCUGCACGGCCAGUGCACAGCAACGAUGCCGUCGAGCAAAUGCAUCAAACCGACGAUGCGGACUCGGAUAAUAACUCGUUUGGCGGUGAAAUCGAGGACAUUGUGUGUAAUCUUAACGAUAUCACCGAUAGCGGUAUUCUAAUAGAGGACACGAUGAUACCAUCGUCGGACGAGGAGAUUGACGGCGGCAACUACAGUGCGUCAUCAGAGACUCCGCCGCCGGAUGAAGCACAUAGCCAAACCGGCAGAGCUUAUGUCACAUCCGAGCAAGAGGAAGAAGUUAGGUCUGUGUUCACCGCACAUAACGAUACACAGGGAAAACAGGAGACGAGACCAGUCAAAUGCAACGGUGCACAACAGCCUGGGUCUUAUGACACCAAGGAGGAAACGCUGUCAACGUUAAUCAAUGAACAGCACAACAAGUCUGCGACCAAAGUACCCAGAGUGAUAUUCCAACCUAAUCUUAAAGCUCCUGUGACGGCCAUCAGCCGUGAUGCUGGUGCUGGACAAAACGGUACGACGGUGUCGCCAUCAAAAAUUCCAGUGCGCAGGUCGUCGUCGGGAAGUAACGGCAUUAACGUCACCGGUAACGCUAUAUCCGGUACCUCGCCUCCAAAAAAUUGGAAGCCGCCGACCAACAGCUCGGUGCCAAAAUUGAUUAAUACCUAACCUACCAUCCUUUUUCAACGAAAUUCGGAGGAAGUAAAGGAAACGAUUGCCGAAUUUGCAUCAGCUAUUUUCUUAGUUGGCCAUAAUAUAUAAUAUCUUAUAUAUAUAUACACUAUUAAAGAUGUCGUAUAAGUAUAAUUAUAUAUGCAAAACUUAAAAAUAAUUAAUAUUUUAUACCUAUUACUAAUGCAAUACCUUUACCUAGAUAAUGUACUUUAUUUAUAUACCUAUUUGUCUUUUUAAAAA